AUUUUGGUAGCACACCUAACUCAUUAAAACCCUUUUACCAUUCAAAUUUCUACCUAGCUACUACGUACUAAUACUAAACUUAUGUGUUCCAACAUUCUGUUUUGCUAAGCUGGAACAUGUAUUUGGACUUUUCAACACUUCCCACCAUCCCAAUUUCUAUAUAAAGGCUUUUUCAUCAACUUUGAUUUCCCAUCAACCAAACCCAAAAUAUUACUUACAUCUUUCUCUACCAUAAGCAAACCGAAAUGCCAUCUCAUAACAAUCCUCUCCUUUGUUCUGUUGUGUUGAUAGUAAUAAGUUGGUGUCUAGUGAGUUUAGUCUCAGCUGGAAACUUUUACCAAGAUUUUGAUAUAACAUGGGGAGAUCACAGAGCCCAAAUACUCAAGGGAGGUCAGCUUCUCACACUCUCACUUGAUAAGGCUUCAGGCUCGGGUUUCAAGUCCAAGAACGAGUACUUGUUUGGUCGAAUCGAUAUGCAAAUCAAGCUUGUACCUGGAAAUUCAGCUGGAACAGUCACUGCAUACUAUUUAUCAUCUGAAGGUCCAAACCAUGAUGAGAUUGACUUCGAGUUCUUGGGAAACUUGUCUGGAGACCCUUACACACUCCAUACAAAUGUGUUCACCCAAGGAAAAGGGAAUAGAGAGCAACAAUUCCAUCUUUGGUUCGACCCAACAAAGACUUUCCACACUUAUUCCCUUGUUUGGAAUAAGCAACGUAUUAUAUUUAUGGUGGACAACAUUCCAAUAAGAGUGUUCAACAACUUGGAGUCAUCAACAGGAGUACCAUUCCCCAAAAACCAACCAAUGAGGAUUUACUCAAGCUUGUGGAAUGCAGAUGAUUGGGCUACAAGAGGUGGCCUUGUCAAGACUGAUUGGACCAAAGCUCCUUUCACUGCUUCAUACGCUAACUUCAAGGCCAAUGCAUGUGUUUGGUCUGCCGGAAAGUCCAGUUGCGAUGCCAAUAAGUCCGGUGGCUUUAAUGACGCCACGUGGCAGAAUCAAGGGCUGGAUGCGGCCGGGCGAAACAGGCUGCGAUGGGUGCAGCAGAAGUUCAUGGUUUACAAUUACUGCACUGACUUGAAACGCUUCCCCAAAGCCAAACUUCCUGCUGAAUGCAAGCAUUCAAGAUUCCUCUGAUUAAUUAUAUACUCUAAUUAAUAUACAAUCAUUAUUCAUUUCUUUGUUAUUUGUUUCUAUACAUUAUUGUCUUGUAUAUUUGUUUUCAAUUCAAUCCUAAAAUUCUUUAUAUAAUUUAUCAUGUAUACUGUUAAAUAAAAUUUGCUAUUUGUCUGUCUCUA